AUGAUUAUAGGGCAGUCGGUUAGAGAAGCAAACAGCCAAUCACCGAUGCUCACUUACCAACAAUACCUGCAAAGAGGAGUGAGAAACGUGGGAAAGAGGGAGGGGUCGUAUUAUGGUUCCAAUAUCAAACCAAGGUCGUCACUGGCCCACUUUCUUGUUAUCACAAUCUUCGUUAGAAUUCUUCUCUUACUCUGGAAUCAACGCUGUCCUGUUUUGUCUAAUAUCAUUGGAUCUAUUGUGGUGAAUCAUUCAACCCCAAAUAUGAACUCGACACCAUCCUUUCCUGGAUCAUCACCGUGGACUUCAACGCUUAAAUCGACGGCAAUGUCGAAUUUAAUGACAGAAGUAUUAACAACCGUCAACGCUUUCAGCGGCAUAGGAAACGCGACGCCCUCUACGUUGGGUCCAAGAAGUCUGGUGGUGCCUGUUUCAAGGUCAACGUAUAACUACCUCACAGUCUACACAGGUUUUCUAACCAUCUUCGGGAUACUCAACAACGGCUUGGUGAUGGUUCUCUUUGCUAGAUUUCCAUCAUUACGGCAUCCUAUUAAUAGCUUCCUCUUUAAUGUCAGUUUAAGUGAUCUCAUAAUCUCGUGCCUGGCCUCACCCUUCACUUUCGCCUCAAACUUUGCAGGUCGAUGGCUUUUUGGAGAUUUGGGAUGUACCCUUUAUGCAUUCUUAGUGUUUGUUGCCGGGACGGAGCAGAUUGUUAUUCUGGCAGCCCUUUCAAUUCAACGAUGUAUGCUGGUUGUAAGACCCUUCACUGCCCAGAAGAUGACUCACAAUUGGGCUGUAUUUUUUAUCGCUCUCACAUGGCUCUACUCACUUAUCAUCUGUUUACCACCUCUUUUCGGAUGGAAUAGCUACACUUAUGAAGGACCAGGAACUGCUUGCUCUAUAGCUUGGAACUCCAACUUACCCGGUGAUUCUAGCUACAUCAUCUUCAUCUUUGUCAUGGUUCUCGUUAUCCCAUUUACCAUCAUCAUCUUCUCUUAUGGACUCCUUGUCUACGCAGUCAAAAAAAUAUCACAGACUCAGGCUGCUAUGUCGUCAGAAGCUAAGGCAGACCGUAAAGUAACUAAGAUGAUCUUCAUCAUGAUCAUCUUCUUCCUCAUCACCUGGGCACCCUAUUCUGGUUUCUCCCUUUACGUUGCCUUUGGGAAAAAUGUUGUUAUUACUCCCCUGGCCGGUACCUUUCCGCCUUUCUUCGCCAAGCUAUGUACCAUUCAUAAUCCAAUCAUCUAUUUCCUCCUUAAUAAACAGUUCAAGGAUGCUCUCAUACAAUUCCUUUGUUGUGGUGAAAACCCAUUUGAUCGUGAUGAGUCUGACCAAGGAGGACGUCGACAUCGACCACUUGGUGGUCGAACUGGAGCUUCGGGAACGAUUCCUCAAGGAGGACGAGGUCGAGCGUCAAGCUUGCCGACUGCUACAUCCAUGCUUGACAUCCCACAGGCGGCCUCACCCUCUGCGUUAUCAGGAAGUACACAGAACAAACAUAACCUAGAACAGGGUGGCGCCUCGACGUCGACGACCAAGGACGAUAGGCUUUUCGAAAUCUCGUCUAAAAUUCAAAAGUUUGAAAUAUCCGAGAAAAUGAAUGCAUCGUGUUCCCAGGAAGCGUCAGGUGCACCAUCAUCGUCGGGCGUAAUGAAGCCUACGAGGAGAGCUAUGAAGAACCAAGUUGGGUGUUUACCGCCUGUUGAUAACUGAAAGAUAAUAUGCCUUAAAAUGAUUUCAUUUAACAAAAAUUACACAAGGCCGGUUAGUUUUUGCUUAAUUUAACAACAUAAACGAUGGUUCUGAAUCUUAAUUCCUAAAUAUAAACAUGCAUUUCAGAACUGCAGAGGAGUACAUUUGCCUUGACAAUGAUUUGUUUCAAAACCAAGCCUCCCACCAAGGUGGUGACGAAACAUGCAAGACCGACCACAUAUCAUGGCCAAGAAUUCAAGAUACACUGUGGUCUACAUUGAUAUAACCAGGUCCAUCGACGUAUUGAAUAAAGGCACAUUGAACGACGACAUGAUUAUUGUUCGCCAUGUUGUAAACAUUGACUUGUUUCCUUUUAUGUCUUUUUUACAUACAUUUUAAUCUAAUGUUACGCAAAUAGGAUCAGAAGUGGAUAAAGUCAAAAAUAUAUAGUCGGAUAUAACUCAAGCAUUAGAAUUUAUCAAUAUUAGUGUUGUUUUAGAAAGUAAUAACAUUUAAUCUUCGAAAGGAAAUGGUGCACUUUAUUUCCUGGGUUAUUGCGGGUUAAUGGUUAUUGGGGUUAUUGGAAUAGAGAGAUCUUAGAGAGUACAAUGUUGUAAAUGACAUCAUGAUGUCCGUCCUUGGAUAAAAGUUCGUAACAUAGUCCGUCAUUCAUCCGUCACCGUCCGUCAUCCAGAACAAAUGUUAAAAUUCAUCUAGCCUUUUCUUGUGACAAAUAACUUCUCAUUAAUAAUUAUUGAUCGGAAGACAACCAAACCUGAAAUGAAAGUAACACAUUUUCGGAAAUUGAAGGAACAUAUAAUCCCAUCCACACAAUUCGGUCAAAGAAUUUAAGUUGUUGUUUAAGGAAUUUACCAUUUUAACAAGUUAAUUUUAUGUAAAACAUUCGUUCUUGUAAUCACGUUACUCUAAAAUCACCCCAAUUUGAGUGAUUCUUGAGUGAAAAGUGAGUAGAAAUACACUCAUUCUUUUUAGGAAAAAUAUAUCACGUUCAUAUCAUAAAAUGGAUGGUUUUAAACCUUUUCUUGUUCCUCGGGCAAUUUCUAACUUAACGUGUAGAAUAAACAAUUUUUUGGAGAUCCUAUACUCAUUGCAAACCAUCGUAGCAUGGCGAAAACUCUGUGGUAACUUAUCGAAAACUUUGGUUAACUACUAUACCCUAUAAGUGGCGUGAUGAGACACUAUUUUUGAGGGGCCAGGUAUCAUGGAGUAUGAGGUAAAAAUUACAAGCAGCGAGUGAGCAAAAUUUUGACCUAUUUGAUAUAAAAAUCAAAUUGUGUGAUAAAUUUUCACAUAAUAUUCAGAGGAUAAUACCAUAUUUCACCUUUCCUUCCCAUUUCUAUUCUUUUCUCGGGUCUUUUCUCCCACCUUUUUUUUUUGCUUGGUCAUGAAAAUCUUGGGGGUCCUAAGGCCCCUAUCUGUACGCCUUGUGCCCAACAUAAAUUAUGGACCUUUUUACAUGUACUUUUCGGAUAUGAUAAUUUGUAUGCUUUCUUAAUCACUAUUAAUGGCGCUGCGCUUGGUUGAGUCCACCAUUCUCCUAGAGGACAGUAAAAAAAAUCGUGGCGCAUUACAACGAGGUUAUGAAGCAAACAAUCUUACAUUGCCACUGUUUUUCAAAAAGUACCCCAGUAUCAAUCCCAAUUGUUGGCAAGCCCAAAACCUACUGUAGUUCACGUCGUUGUAAUCUUAUAAUGUAAAUUCAAGUCAAAUUUAAAGCACUUUCAUGAUAUCUGGCCUUUCCGUGAAAAUGAAUCGUUACAUUAAUGUCAAGAAUAAUUUCCAUAUAACUCUGAAGUAAUUGGGUUUAUACUUGAGACAAAGCGAAGUUAGUUUCUCAUAGAUACAAUUGUGUAAAGCAGAAUAUAGAAAUGAAUAGCCUUUUUAUACAUUGUUGAUAUAAAUUGCUGAAAAACCAAAUAUCCUGAUUCUUCGUUAAAUUUUCAUGAUUGAAAAAAUACAUUAUCUCUUUGAUUUUGGAAUAACGGGAAAGUAAUUUAAAUGGGUUUUUGGUGCUCACAACAGUGAAUGAAACAUCCAAACUAAUCAUCGAGAGUUCUCAAAGGCGACACUUUGAAAGGUUGACCCCUGUUUUCUGGCGCGUUAUUUCACACA